AUGCUUGAGGAUGAAAUCGAGGACCUUGUGAACGAUCUCUUAGAGCAGGAGAAUCAGAGCAAUCAGAAAUCUACUCAAAUAGAACCGACACAUGCUGAUCGCGGAAGAUGUGCGCCAGUCCUAUUGGCGGGAAUGUCUCUCGCGUGCGGAGUUUCAACUCCAAAGAGCCCCAGGUGCUGUACGAGACUGCGGUGCGCAUCUUGUGACUUCGGUGUCGUCGUCUUUCAUGGUAAACGCUGGCUGGCUAACACGGAUCAUCUUUUCCUCCGCAAUCACGUCCCGGAUGGAAACUUGAAGUCUCAAUUGGCGUCGGAAGCCGGAGGCAGAGCUUUCGCUUGUCAAUGUCGUUGCGUAUCUGUGCGAAGAAACGAGUCCAAAACUGUGUCUGCUCUGGGUCUCCGAUGGUUCUGUAUCGGGGGCGACCACAGCAGACCUCUCUGA